AAUACUCAACGGGAAAACCCCUUUAAAAUGAGUGGACCAGACAGAAAAACGGAUCCUCUUCCCAUUCUUGGAGAAGAUGGAGCAGUUUAUCGUCAAGGCGGUGACCAAAAGAGAAUGCCACCUCCAGGUGCAAAUAAACCCCAGUCCAGAAGAACCCCAACUCCAACCAAACAGGUCACUCUACGGUCUGUCGGUCGAAGAGAUGAUUUACCAGGAUACGAGGAACCAGUAGAUAUGGAGGAAUUGAGGCAGUCUUUAAGUCGAGAGAAUUCAAGAAUUUAUGAACCAAGAGAAGAGAAGGAAAUUAAGGGAGCUAACUCCAUAAGAAAAGGGCACAGCUGCAGUCAUGGUGAUGGAAACAAAAAACCCUUUGUUGUUUCUACAAAUGUUUCCAGACCAAAACAGAAACCAGUGAACCUGAAAGAUUCACCAAAACCCAAACCCAAAGAGGAGCUACCACCAGAGGGUGCUGAGGGGGGUAAGGAGGACAGUAGUAGUGAUAGUGACAGUGAGGAGGAAGAGGAGAGAAAGGCCCCCAGUCAACUCCUCAUGGAGUUUUUGGAGUGCUUGAUGAAAAAAGAAUAUGUAGUGGCAGCCAAGCUGUGCAAGAUGAUUCUGAUUUAUGAACCAACACAUCCAACUGCUUUACAGUUUCAACCAGUAUUAGAAGAGAAAAUUCUCCUAGAUCAAGAGAAGGAAAAUGAGUCAGGAAGUGAUGAGUCUGGUGAUGAGGAAUCUGAUGAUAGUGGUGAAGAAUCAGAUGAUGAUGAUGAUGAAAGUGAAAGUGAUAGUUCAGAGAAUGAGGAGGAGGAGGAGGAGGAGGAGGGAGAGGAGGAAAGAAACAGUGGGGAUGAUUUCUUUGAUGAAUUCAAACACGAUUCUGGUAUUGUAUCAGCGUCAUCUGACUGAAGGAAAAAACUCUGUUGUCUUCUGGGUGUAUUUGUGCCAAUUUACCUGUACAAUGUCAUAUUUAUUUUCCAUGACUGACGAUGAUUCUAAACAAAAUGACCAUGGUCAAGGUGUUUAAUGUAUAAAUGUGUUCUGAUAAUGGUAUACAACUGUUGCACUUUUGACUGUGUUUUUGUACAAUCAACAUUACUCUGGUGUUACAUAUUAAAUGUUGUACAUUUAUCAAGGAGGCAGAUCAUAUUUGUGAAUGUUUUUCACAUCUGCCAUAAUUUUUUACUCUUCCGUCCAGCGACAAAUUUCCACUGAAAAUUUUACAUU